AUGCAACAUUUUGUAUGCAAGUUCUAUGGCUACAGCUUUUACAAGAAUCCAAGUCCUUUAGCUUCAGAACAUUUCAUUAUUCUAAGCCUUCUGCGAGAACUGCUGCGCCUGAGUUUCCUCCACGCUGCUUCGCCUGGACCGCCUCCACCUUCAGUUCAGCCCUUCCCUGCGACUGCGAGGCUGCGCCUGCCGCCUGAGUUUCCUCCCUGUGUGGUGCGCCUGUCCGACCGUUGUGAGGCCUCGUACUUUAUUAUCUCAGCCCUAUCACACCAAGCACCAGCCGCUCUCCUUCCUCCCCCGUCCCAACCCAUCAAUUUUCUUCCUAUUAAUAGCCAGUCAUCCCCGUUCAUUAUCCCUCUUUUCGCUCCCCUCAAAACUGUCUCUCUCUCUUCCAAGCCUGGGAAAACUUAUUUGGCUGAUAAUACGCCCAGGCUUCGGAUUUGUGAAUAUAAGGCAAAAACCAUGAACGGGGUUGGUCUUCCCCUUCAAUUUGAUGAACCCAUCAGAUCCCCUUCUCGUUUGCUUCACAUCACUAAUGAACAAUCGGAGGCGUGUGAUGCAAAGGCCGGAACGGAACUUCUUGAUAUUAUCUUGAUGAAGGGAAGUUGUGGUUAUGCCCGAUCCAAUUUUCAGGUGGCUUCAUCACCACCAUUUUUUUCGGGGUCUCCACCCUCCAGGGCCUCAAACCCUGUCAUCCAAGACGAGCAGUUUGGAAACAGCAAUUUUAAUCCUUUAUCACCUGCACUUGAAGCAUCACCACCUCCACCUUCAUCAGCCCGCAAGAGUGGAGGUUGUGUGAGGGUGAGUUUUGGGCACAAGCCGGCUACAGUGAGGGUUGAAGGUUUCAACUGUCGUGGGAAUUGCAGCAUUUCUGCUUUUGCUUAA